AUGGCUGCUAAGAUAAUAAACCCACUUAUUCUCUCAUUCUCAACCCUUUUCCUGGUCUCCAUUCUUCUCAGCUUCCCGGCCACAACAACUUCAGAUAAUCCGUGCGCAUAUCCAUGUUAUCCUCCACCUACCGGCACCGGCAGCACUACUCCGGUGACCACCACAACGCCGUCUCCGCCGUUGACUCAAACCGGGUCAUACCCGCCUCCUCCGACCGUCUACAAUAACCCAACUGGAUCGGGAUAUUCCUCUUACAACCCUCCUCCAUCCACUUACAAUGGUGGUGGUGGAUAUGGUUUUGGUGCCAAUCCCCCUCCUGACCCCAUCCUUCCCUAUUUCCCAUUCUACUACAAAAACGGUGCUCGCGGAAACGGAGACGCUUCAUCAGCAACCCCCCUCAUUACAAGAUCAUCCACCCUCUUCAACACUAUUGCCACCACCAAUCUUCUACUUGUAUUUGUCGUCUUCUUUUUUCUCUAG